AUGGCUGAAAACAUCCUCGUUCUAGGUGCUGGCGAGCUUGGCCUCGCCGUUCUGGAGGCGCUCGCCAGACACCCCAAGCGCAACCACGGCAAAAUCACCGUCAUGAUGCGGCAGGCCACGCUGGACUCUGCCGCGCCCGAUAAGAAGAAGCUGAUUCAGCAAAUCAGGGCGCUGGGCGUCGGCUUUGAGGCGGCUGAUGUGGUGCAGGCGUCGGUGUCGGAGCUCGCCGCCAUCUUCACCAGAUACGACACGGCGGUGUCCUGCAACGGCAUGGGCCUGCCGUCAGGAACGCAGACCAAGCUGUCGCGGGCGGCGCUCGAGGCAAAGGUGCGGUGGUUUCCCUGGCAGUUUGGCAUGGACUACGACGCCAUCGGCCUGGGCAGCUCGCAGGACCUGUUUGACGAGCAGCUGGGCGUGCGAGCGAUGCUCCGGGCCCAAGACACUACGGAAUGGAUCAUCGUGUCGACGGGCCUCUUCAUGAGCUUCCUCUUCGUUGCCGAGUUCGGCAUCGUCGACUUGAGCACCAGGACGGUGCGCGGGCUCGGCUCGUGGGACAACAGCAUCACGCUGACGACGCCCGAGGACAUUGGCCGGGCCACCGCGGAAGUCGUUCUGGAUCCUCAGGGCCUCAAGAACCAGUGCGUCUACGUGGCGGGCGACACUCUCACGUACGCGCGGGUGGGCGACCUAUUGGACGAGCGCUUUGGCGUCCAGUUCCGGCGCGAGCUCUGGGACGUGGACGAGCUGGCCAAGCAGAUGCGCGAGGAUCCGGACAACACAAUGGUCAAGUACAGGGAUACGUUUGCUCAGGCCAGGGGGGUGGCUUGGGGCCAGGACAAGACGGUGAAUUCGGCGCGGGGGAUGAAGAUGACGGACGUGAAGGCGUAUCUGGCGGCGAUGGACGUGAGCCUGGACGAGGCACUGUGA